CACAAUGCACGGAGCAAGCCCCCCUGUCUGUAGGAACCUGACAGAUACGUGCAGCGGGAGAUGAUAUGGCAGAAUUUCGGGCAAAUGUUACAACGAGGCAAUAGGCCAGUCAGGAAAUUGGAGUAAAGCUGAAACAUAAGGCUUUGCUACCCAGCAGCUUGCCAGCUUGUGUGUGUUUGUGUGUGUGUGUAUGCUCGAAGUGCCUAUGGCGGAGUUUGGGCAGGACGGCAGCCUUCCUCCAUUGAAUCUUGGGGAUACGACCGUGCCCAGCAACGAGGCAGCUGGCAAGGCGCAUUGCGAAGUGUCGGUCUUGAAUGGAGACUGUGGGAUAUCAGAAAAUAUGGUCGGCUCAGGAUCCCUUGUCGCUCCUGGCAGCCAAGCCGGGGUGGAAACCGCCAACACCUCUGUCGGAUUUGAUGCCAAAAAUGAAUUACCACGCAGGAGCAGCAUUAUCAAGGAUGGCUCAAGACAGCGUAAAGAAAGAAAGAAGACUGUAUCAUUCAGCAGCAUGCCCACUGAGAAGAAAAUUAGCAGUGCAAGUGACUGCAUCAGUGCAAUGGUCGAUGGCUCUGAGCUGAAGAAAGUGCGAUCGAAUUCGCGCAUUUACCACCGCUACUUUCUCCUUGAUGCUGACAUGCAGUCUUUGAGAUGGGAGCCCUCAAAGAAGGAAUCAGAAAAGGCCAAAAUUGAUGUAAAAUCCAUCAAGGAGGUUCGGACAGGAAAAAAUACUGACACUUUUAGAACUAAUGGAACCUAUGAUCAGAUAUCAGAGGACUGUGCUUUCUCAGUGAUCUUUGGGGAGAACUAUGAGUCCCUGGACUUGGUGGCAAACACUGCAGAUGUAGCCAACAUAUGGGUAACAGGGCUGAGGUACCUCAUCUCCUAUGGGAAACAUACGUUAAAUAUGAUAGAGAGCAGUCAGAACAACAUGCGCUCAUCAUGGCUGGGUGAGCUUUUUGAUCAGGCAGACAGUAACAACAGCAAACAAAUAACAAUAUGUGCUGCUGUGCAGCUAGUCAAAAAGCUGAACCCGGGACUUAAAAAUGUGAAAAUAGAACUAAAGUUCAAGGAGCUUCACAAAGCUAAAGACAAAGCUGGUUCUGAUGUGACAAAAGAGGAGUUCAUUGAGGUCUUUCAUGACCUUUGCACCAGACCAGAAAUUUAUUUUCUCUUUGUUCAGUUCUCCAGCAACAAAGAAUUUCUGGAUACCAAGGACUUAAUGAUAUUUCUUGAGGCAGAGCAGGGUAUGGCACAAGUAAGCGAAGACACCAGCUUAGAGGUCAUUCAGAAAUAUGAACCAUCUAAAGAGGGCCAGCUCAAGGGCUGGCUUUCUCUCGAUGGCUUCAACAACUAUCUUAUGUCACCAGAGUGCCAUAUAUUUGACCCUGAACAAAAAACAGUAUGCCAAGACAUGAAUCAGCCCUUGUCCCACUAUUACAUCAAUGCAUCCCACAACACAUACCUGAUAGAAGAUCAGUUCAGAGGUCCCUCAGAUGUGACAGGGUAUAUCCGUGCUCUCAAGAUGGGCUGCCGCAGUGUAGAGCUGGAUGUGUGGGACGGGCCUGAGAACGAACCUGUUAUUUACACUGGCCAUACAAUGACAUCACAGAUAGUUUUUCGCAGCGUUAUUGACGUCAUCAACAAGUAUGCCUUUGUUGCGUCUGAGUUUCCACUGAUACUGUGUUUAGAAAACCAUUGCUCCUUAAAGCAGCAGAGAGUGAUGUUUCAGCACCUUAAGAAGAUCCUUGGAGACAAGAUCCACCUAGAUCCUCCUAAACCUGAGGACUGUUACCUCCCUUCUCCCUCUGAACUGAAGGGAAAGAUCCUGCUGAAGGGUAAGAAACUAAGCACAAAUUGCACUGCUUCAGAAGGUGAGGUGACAGAUGAGGACGAGGGGGCAGAGAUGUCUCAAAGGAUGAGCAUUGAGUCUGCAGAACAACAGACUAUCGCACCCAAGAAAUUCCAGCUGUCAAAGGACCUUUCUGAUCUGGUGACCUUGUGUAAGUCUGUGGAGUUCAGAGACUUCCCAACGUCUUUCCAGAGCCAGAAGCACUGGGAGCUCUGCUCUUUCAAUGAAGUCUUUGCCAGUCGCUGUGCCAGUGACUUCCCAGGUGACUUUGUUAACUAUAACAAAAAGUUCCUGGCACGGGUUUACCCUAGCCCCAUGCGGAUUGACUCCAGCAACAUGAAUCCGCAAGAUUUCUGGAAGUGUGGUUGCCAGAUUGUGGCAAUGAACUACCAGACUCCCGGCCUGAUGAUGGAUUUAAACAUUGGCUGGUUCCGUCAGAACGGGAACUGCGGCUAUGUGCUGCGCCCAGCAAUCAUGAGGGAGCAGGUUUCAUAUUUUAGUGCCAACACUAAAGAUUCAGUGCCUGGUGUUUCUCCACAGCUCUUACACAUUAAGAUCAUCAGUGGACAAAACUUCCCAAAACCCAAAGGCUCAGGUGCAAAAGGAGACGUAGUAGACCCCUAUGUGUACGUGGAAAUACACGGCAUACCUGCUGACUGCGCUGAACAAAGGACUAAAACAGUCAACCAGAAUGGGGACAACCCUCUAUUUGAUGAGAGCUUUGAGUUCCAGAUAAAUCUCCCAGAGCUUGCAAUGGUGCGCUUUGUGGUGCUAGAUGAUGACUACAUUGGGGAUGAAUUUAUUGGCCAAUAUACCAUCCCCUUUGAGUGUCUCCAGCCAGGUUUCCGCCAUAUACCGCUACAGUCUCUGACAGGGGAGGUUCUGCCACAUACCUUGUUGUUUGUUCAUGUGGCCAUAACCAAUCGAAGAGGAGGCGGUAAACCACACAAAAGGGGACUGUCUGUGCGAAAGGGCAAGAGGAAUAGAGAGUAUGCCAGUAUGAGAGUGCUAUUGAUCAAGGCUGUGGAUGAUGUCUUCAAAACAGCCAUGCUGCCACUUAGGGAGGCAACAGACCUCAGAGAAAACAUGCAGAAUGCCAUAGUGUCCUUUAAAGAGCUGUGCGGCCUUUCAGCCGUGGCUAACCUGAAGCAGUGCAUCUUGGCCCUUUCACCUCGACUGACUGGACCUGACAACAGUCCCCUUCUGGUGUUCAACCUCACUGAUGAUUACCCCAACUUGGAGCCCCAAGGCCUACUCCCAGAGGUCCUCAAGAAAGUCGUCACCACCUAUGACAUGGUGAUCCAGACUAGCAAGACUCUCCUGGAGAACUCCGAGGGGGUGUAUGAGAGAAUUCUACAAACCCAAAAAGCAGCGAUGGAAUUUCACGAGAACCUCCACGACUUGGCCUUGAAGGAAGGGUUGAAGGGCAGGAAGUUGGACAAGGCAGUGGAGAGCUUCACAUGGAAUAUCACCAUACUGAAGGGCCAGGCAGACUUACUGAAGCAUGCCAAGAGUGAAGUCCAGGAGAACCUCAAGCAGAUUCACUAUGCUGCGCUCACCUGUAACCUGAGUAGAGGUGGAGCAGCAGGUGGCUCCUCUGGCUCUGAGUGCAAGAGCAGACGUAGCCUCGAGGCCAUUGCCGAGAAGGCCACUGCAGAGGAGGAGCUCACUGACGAGGACAACUAAAAACCCACAGUCCUGCUCUGGUAAUCUCCUGGCACCCACAUUCAGACCUCUACUCUGUUCCUUCCUCCUGAGCUCAAAACCCAAAGCUCCCUCCCUCUCUCUUUCUGUGUCUUUACCCUGGCAUCAUAACUUUAAACACCAGUGUUUUUCCACAUUCCAUCAAGUACAUUCCUGUAUCCCAAGCACAGCUGUAACCACUUACAGACUUCUGCCUUGUAAUCAUCAAUAAAAUGCCACCACUACUCUAGGACACAAAUCCUACCCAAGUUCAGAUCACAAGAAGGCCUCAGCUGAAGUUUUUGGAAAAUUGCUGUCAUUAUUUCUAUGCCUUAAAAUGUUCGGGCGUUGUACUGAAGGCUGGAAAAGUGUGCAACAAGUGUCUUUCUUGACAUUUGCUACGCAUUUUAUACUGCUGAGCCAUUAAAGGCACAAUGCUCAUAUAAAUGCUAAAUCUAAGCAUCCAGCAAAAAUAACUUUUGGGAAAAAGUGCUGAAAAGGAGAAUAUGUAAAAAAGCAGAUAAUUUUUGCCAGACAUACAUUGCUAAUCUAUUCAUCUGCAGUCCCAGUGCAGGGGUUUGUUGUCCUCCAUUCUUCUUUGUUGUCCUCCAUUCUUCUGGGUGAGCUGGGAGGGCCAAGCCAGUUACCAGCCACGUGACCGAUAAAGACAUUACUACUGUUCAGAGACGGUGCACUUCUACUCAGCGGACAGGGGCGUUACCCGACGAGACGAAAAAGAAAAAAAAAGAGCCCUUGGGUUGUUGUAAGAGAUUUCAUAAAGCACAAUUAUCUGGAGCUGUGAAUGUAACAGGACAGAGGGAGUGACUGGAACGAGAAGGAAAGGGAAGACGAAAAUGAAGAUGAUUACGAAAUGAAUGAGAGUAAAGAGUUGUUUACAAUAUUGAACUUGUCCAUGUUCUUGUCUGCCAAAAUAGUAUAAUAUACUAUGUGUAUAUAUGAAGUUUCCUGUUACUUUUUUUCUGCAGAGUGCAUCAUUUUAUUAUUGUAUACUUGGAAAUAUAAGAUUUAUUUUAUAAAAGAUAUAUGAACAUGUCUGUUGAAAAACAAAAAUUUUAUUUGUCAGUAGAUAUCUGAUAACGAGGCUUGUCAUUAAAAGAAGUGACCUCGGAGUUUUACCGGUGGGGAGCUCCUCCACGUCAAGACAGAAGGACAAAUAAGAGAAUGUAUUCAUACCGUUUGUUUGGUGCAGACAGCAACCAAUUCUCAAUAAUCACAACCAGCAACUGCAUGAGAAGGAACCACAACUGGAAGGUCUCAAAAACAGUUUGGACAUUGACACGUUUUCACAUUGUAACAUUUCAGGUGGAAAUAUGUUAGGCCUUUAAUUUCAGGGCGCUGAAAGAACAUCAUCAACUUUAUGCUCCGAGUAUUCUAACUAAUGUAUUUGACCAAAAACUCAUUUCACUGUUACUUUUUAAAAGUCUGCAACCCAUAAAAAGUGCCAGUUAUUUAAAGUCUUUUCAUUUUUUCCUGGUGUGCUCCAAACCAAUUCCACUGUAAUGUAAAAUACCCCAAUGAGAAAUCAGCUCUGGCUGGUUUGAAAACUCAUCCCCUUGUUUAUUUGUAAUCAUUUGGUUCAGUUAUCUUCCUGAGCAGAAUGACUGAAUACAUCUCUCAGGAAACCAACUUUAUAUGUCUGAAUAACAGACUUUGAAUGGGAGUUGAUGUACGAAAACAAAGGCUGUGGCUUCAUUUUAAUUGUGCAGUUAGUAACUAUUCAAUGCAAAGUGCAGAUUAUCCACACACACACCAUUUUGAGAUUAUGUCUGAGGAACGACUGUGCAGGGUUAGCACAUUUCGGAUAGCUCAGGUGGCUCCUGUCCGCCUGGCAAGUCAAAUGAGUCACAACACUUUUUAAGAAUUUAAACUCAGGUCCGGUGAGAUGGUUGAGAAGGAUAGAAAUUUCAGAGUAAUAGCUUCAUAACCAUUCCUGGUGACAGAGUAGUAUUUGAUCAAUUACCCUGUGAUUUAAUUGUGCCUCAUUGCUGCUAACUAAAACCUACUGUAUUAAGUACGAAGUAAGAAGACUAUUUUGUCUUAUAACAUGUCUUUCCCCACAUGUUACUUCAACGGGGCCCCGGCUUCCUAUUCAUUUUAAAGUCCACAACUUUCUUCAAUUAAAAUUUCAUAUUAGAAAACAAUUUACUUGCUUUCUACAUAUAGGACAAAGGUUACUUGAAAAUGACAAGUAUAUGACAAGUUUGCCAUCAGGGCUGCAACUAAUGAUUAUUUUCAUUAUCAGUCUGAAUUGAUCACUCGGUCUAUAACUUCAAAAAAACAAUGUAAAAUAAAUCACAACAUCCGGGAGCUCAAGGUGACCUCUUCAAAUCGCUGCUUUUGUCUGACCAACAACCCAAAAAUAUUAAAUUCACUAAAGAACAAGCAAAGUAACACAUUCUCACAUUUGAGAACGUUUAAACAGGAAUUUUUUUCUCGCCACCUUUGGUCAAAAAAUAACCUAAACGAUAAAUAAUUUAUCAAAAUAGUUGCUUUUAGUUUUUAAAUCCAAUAAUCAACUAUUCUUUGCAGUUCUAUUUGCCAUCUUUACAUGAUCUGUGUGGGCAAAAUUUGGGGCUGAACAAUCUGAUGAAAUUGACCAACACUGAAACUACUUAAGUUAGCAUUAUGUUCACAGCUGUGCAUUGUAGUUACCUAAGCUAAUUUUAACUUCACUGCCUGACAGGAGGACCUGCGUCAUAGCCCCAAAUACCGGGGGUUUUUGGGGCAACUUUUUCACUUAGCCCCAAAAACGUAGCUUUCUUCAACCAAACUAAACCACAAAUUGGCAAGACUUUAUUUUUCCUGUUUGCCAAUGCACAGAAUUAACGCUAUUUAACUAGAGCAAGUAAAUCUGUCACCGACAGUCCUCAUUAUAGCUGGUAAAAUCAACAGUCACGAACUUAAGCGUUCACUUUUUUCAGCUUGUUAAGACACUGUAAUUUGUUAGUCAUAAUUACAAUGGAGGCUCUAGUAGUUGUACAAUUUCCGUUUUUAUAAUAUAACAAUUAACUGUUCAGACCUAUGCAGAAGCUAUAAACUAAUUUCCGACGAAGAAAAAAAGAUCACAGACAAAAACUUUGUAGCAGAUACUCAGUUAAAGGCUGCACAUAUAAGCCUUAAAAGAAAAAAAAAAGGUAAUUUGGCAUUAUUAUACCCAAGUCUUGACUUAAAAUAUUUUCAUGGAGUCUUUGGAGCAUGUGCUUAACCUUAAUUUAGUGAAAAUCUUGAUCACCGGCAAUAAAAUCAAUUAUUUGAAUUUGUGUAGGAUUUUUCGAGAACAUGGAGGAAUUCCUAUUCUCUCAUCAACAGGCAGUUAGACUGUUAAAUGAAGUUCAAAUAUUUUGUAAAAUGUUCGUCCCCUCAGUGCUCACAAAGUCGUAGCCUUAAGUGUUAAAUGUUGUCCACACCUCCUGCAGAUCACACAACCCAUGACAAAACAAACAAACAUUGCCUCUGAAUUUCAAUGCUUUGACAGUCGACGUACUCAUAAUUGUUGAGAGGAUGACAAAAGACGGAUUUCAGUUGUCUUGCCAGUCUCAUCUCUUUAUGUCAAGUCAAAAAAAUAAAUAAAUAAAACCUGAAUAAACAAAAUUGGGUAGA